UUAUGUUUGGUGGGAAGUAGCUGUUACGAUUUGAUUCUUGCAUUGCAAGGCAGAUGUUUUAAAAGUGCAGUUAAGUUGAGUUCGAUUUCGUCGACCAAUCUGCCUUGCGUUUCACUCUUGCUACGCUUAUAACGCACUAUCACCUACUUAUUGACGUUUCUUUGAAUUCUUUCAUCUUCUCCGACGUUCUUAUUUUAUCUACUAUACAGUAUACACCAACUUUUUUCCCAUUUUUUUAUGUUAGUUCUUCUUUCACCAACACCUGAAACUGAAUUAGUUGAUGACAAAACAAGGUCAUAUUUGUUGGCGAGUCUCUGUUAGAGAAAGACACAUGAAAAAUAGUACAGGAUUGUAAGAGUUUCCCCGUUUUUUUCGUCUGAAAAUUAGUUUCAAAUCCAGGUUUUUUAGUCAUGUCAAAGAUAAGAACUGAAGGGCGGUGCUUCUGUUCCAAAAAUUAUAGUCCAUGAAGCACAGUUGAGAGAGAGUUAAGUUGUGGUUAUACGAUGGGAAAGCAAGGAUCCCCAAGAAGCCCACGUCCCAUGUCGAAGAAUACAAACUCACUUUUCAGGAUGAAAGAUUAUCAUAUUAGAAGUUCAGAUUCUUCGGAGGCCAGUGUUCCUUCUAUUGGAAGGAGAAUAUUAGGGGGAGAUAAUUAUUGGAAUUCCGAAGUAGUAUUGCUUCAUAGUUUGAAAGAUGACUCCGGAAAGUUUAAUCCUUGCAAGGGUGCUUAUGUUGGGACAAGGCAUACAUGGUUUCGCCGGAAUGUGAAGUCCAUUGCUUUUAUGCUUUUGUUGAUAGCUUACCUAUUCUUGCUUGAUUCUCUGGUGGUGUCAAUUUUUGGUUCAAUAAACAUUCAGGGCAGUUCAACUACAAGAAACUCCACUCGUCGUGAGGAGGAUAAUGUUGCCUAUAUUCAUGAAGAAAGACCAACGGUUCAGAUGUAUGGCAGGCUUCUAAAUUUGGCUUCCAGUGCUCUUGCAGAGAAGGAGUUUAAGCAAGACCCUUUGAAUUUUUGGGAGGAACCAUAUCGGCAAGCAUCCAAAUGGAAACCUUGUGCAGAUAUAAAAUAUCCAACAAGCCCAGGGAAGCCAGAAAAAAGUAACGGCUACAUAAUGGUCAGUGCAAAUGGUGGCCUGAAUCAACAACGAGUAGCUAUUUGCAAUGCAGUUGCCGUGGCAUCUCUACUUAAUGCGACUCUGGUUCUUCCUAAAUUUCUUUACAGCAAUGUAUGGAAGGAUCCUAGCCAAUUUGGUGACAUCUACCAAGAGGACUAUUUUAAGCGCAUCUUGAAGGACGAUGUAGAUAUUGUGAAGGAAAUUCCUCCUCAUUUGAAGUCCUUAGAUAUUGAAGCCAUUGGUAGCCUAAUUACUGAUGCAGAUAUCGAGAAGGAAGCAAAGCCGAAUGAUUAUAUCAGCAGUGUGCUUCCCCUCCUUGUGCAGAACAGAGUUGUUCACUUCCUUGGAUUUGGAAAUCGACUUGGCUUUGAUCCUUUGCCUCCUGACCUCCAGAGAUUGAGGUGUAAAUGUAACUUCCAUGCAUUAAAAUUUGUGCCAAAAAUUCGACAAGUUGGUUCACUAUUAAUCAAAAGGAUAAGGAAAUAUUAUGCUGCUCAGAGUCAGUUGGAUAAACACCUGCUUGGAGAUUUCACACCUAGUAUUUCCUCCAAAGAGCACACUGCCAGAAGAGGCCCAUCCAGAUAUCUUGCCUUACACUUGAGAUUUGAAGAGGAUAUGGUGGCAUACUCCCUAUGCGAUUUUGGAGGUGGAGCAUACGAGAAAAACGAACUUGAAGCCUACAGAGAGGUCCAUUUUCCUCUGCUCAUCGAACGCUUAAAGAACACGAAGCCUGUUUCCCCAGUGGAGUUGAAGAAGUUGGGAAGAUGCCCAUUGACACCUGAAGAAGCAGCACUUGUUCUUGCUGCUUUUGGUUUUAAGCGUGAAACCUAUAUCUAUCUUGCAGGAUCUCAGAUAUAUGGGGGAAGUUCCAGGAUGCAUCCCUUUACCAGUUUGUACCCCAAUUUGGUCACCAAGGAAACACUGCUCACAUCCAGUGAACUUGCUCCCUUCAGAAAUUUCUCUUCUCAGCUAGCAGCGUUAGACUUUAUUGCUUGUGCAACUUCAGAUGUCUUUGCCAUGACAGACUCUGGAAGCCAACUGUCAUCCCUGGUAUCUGGAUUCCGAACUUACUAUGGUAAUGGACAUGCUCCAACCUUGCGGCCUAACAAGAAGAGGUUAGCCGCAAUUUUGUUAGAGAAUAGCACCAUAGGAUGGAAUAGUUUUGAAGAUAGAGUAAGAAAGAUGAUCAAGGAAGGUCAAAGAGUGCGGGUGAGGGGUCCUGGUCGAAGUAUUUAUCGACAGCCUAGGUGCCCAGAAUGCAUGUGCAGAUAUCAGUAGGAUGGCUGAGUUCGACCUUUUACAGGAUUACCAGGCCAUGUGAAAAUCAAAGGCCAGAAAUGCCAUUUUAUUCAAACAAAACCCUGGAACAGUAUGGUAUCGGCAUCACUUCAUUCCUUUUUUUUAUUCUUUUAUUAUGUUCAUUAUUGCUUCAUUCGUUUGACUCCCAAGUGUUAAUAUUCUUUCUUUUGGUCAACCUGAAUCUCGUUCACUAGGUCAAAAGGGUGGGUUGUUCUUUCCAAUUUUUAUGUUUAUGAUUAUUCAAUAAUAUUUCAUCAGUGUAAUUUUAUUAGAUUGCAAAUAAAAAUGCCUUACGUAUUCGUUUUGUCCGACUAUUUUAAUGAAUUUUUCCCAUUAGCAACACGUUUAAUCCUUCCGAGAGAAGAAUUAUAUUUGAUUUUAGAUAUUGUCAUUCUUCAAAGAUCAUUGCUACAUCUGAUUUUCAUAGUUCUUUGCAAACUUACUUUUGCAAACACUGUUCAAAGCUGCAAGCCCUUUUUUAACAUUACACCAAACAAAUUCUUUAAUUUAUUAACUAUUUCUUACUAAAUGGGAAGGACAAAUGAAUUGAUAUUGGAUUAAACCUGAAUAACCCAAGUCAAAUAUACCUAUGAUCGAUGACGGGAGAGGUAGCCAUGCUUUCGCAGCAAUGAAACUCCAUUUCAUUCUUCAUCACUAUAGUCUAUGAUCAUCAUCACAUAUUUCUUUCCGGAAGGCUUGCUCUUUCCUUGCCUCUCUUUGUUCAUGAUGAUUUAUGAUGGAAAGAUUUGAAAUUGUCACUCACCUAAUAUCGAGAAGAAUAUCAUAAAGCCAGCUGAGAUUUGAAUGGCUCUACGGCUUCUAACACGAGUGCUUCCAAGAAGCCCUACAUUUUCUCUGUUGUUUUUUUCCUGGAAAUAGUAUAGUUGCAUAAAGAGAGAAUUUUCAGAGCAAGAAGCAUCAAUACCUACAAAGAGAAUGUUGAACCAGUCAGUGUUCCAAAUAAUCCAU